GGACGUCCCAUAUAUAAUAAUAUUUAGUUAUAAAUUAUAAUUUUGCUUAUAUUAUAAAGUAUAAGAACGCAAAAAGUAUGACGAAAACAGUGAAAAUCUUAUUAAUUAGUGAUAUAAGGUGGUGUUUAUACUUUAUAUUUACAAUUUUAAUGCUACCAUCGUCAACUUCUAAGCAGUAUCGAACCGAUUAUGUGUACAACAGAAGAACUGACGCCUUUUACAAAUUCCACAUGGAGAUGGUGUUGUGUGGUGCAACUAAAGAUAUAUGUGCUGUGGAGGGUGCAACUCUGAUGGUGCCAACGUCUGAGGAGGACAUAUCACAAGUACACGGCAUGUUCAAACAGUACCCGGACAUAGGGGACUUGGCGUGGGUAGGGUAUGACGGGAACGACCAUGACUCGAUCGAGGAAACUCCCCUAAUUAACUUAGACGAAGGUAGAGUUACUCCGUACCCUAGAAGCUACACUACGUCCGUGUGCGACGUGGUAAAACGCAAUGGUGAGACGUAUCGCUACAAAGGACAACAUCUGUUGCCUUUCAUCUGCAAGGCUAACGCGAAGGACGUGUUCGAAGAUAAGCAAUGCAAAGUCUUCGGUAGAGGUUACAGAUACUAUGAAAACGUGGGUAGUUGCUACAAGAUUCCCUCGCUAGCGUAUGAAUGGAACGCAGCGUACGCAGAGUGUCACGCAGAGGGCGCCCAUCUCAUCGUUCUCAACUCGGAACUGGAACACCAGGUCAUAUACAAUUUCACCAACGAGGAACACCAGGUGCGAAAUGCUUGGACAUCCUGGUUCUUCUUAGCGGGCGUCAGAGCGGAAAAACCGCCAGCGGGCGCACCAGUUGUAUUCAAAACUAUUUUUAACCAAAGUUUGGAGGAGGCAGGCUACAGCCAGUGGAGCGAGAACGAGCCCAACAACUCGAACGGACACGAGUACUGUGUCACCAUAUUCAAGAACGACGGCAAAUACAACGACAUCUACUGCAGGGACAAAUACGCGUUCAUUUGCGAGAAGGAACUCACAAACAAUUAGAAAUAUUGAAAACUAGCUGACGCCGCGCGGUUUCACCCGCGUAAUUCCCGUUUCCGUAAGAAUACGGAGAUAAUAUAUAGCCUAUA